AUGAACUCUACCUCUACUCAAUCGUUGAAGCUUUCGCUCAGAGAGACCACCACUGCUGGCAACGACUUUAGCGAAGACUCACAUGACUCCGUGCAUGACAAAAUGAGUACUGCCAGGGACAUAAUCGCCGAGAACUCCGAAGUUGAUAAAGAAACACAUCCUGCUGAUGCGGGUUUCGCUGCUGGUGAAGAUGAGGUGAUAGAUCCAAAGACGUUAGAAUGGGAUGGUCCUGCCGAUAUGGACAACCCACACAAUUGGCCCACUUGGAAAAAAUGGGCCGUUACAAUGACCGCUGCGUUUCUGUGUCUUGUCGUGUCAAUGGGUUCAUCGCUGUACGUCUCCGGUGUCCCAGAACUGGUUGCAAAAUACCAUGUCAACCAGACACUCGCGCUAGCAGGGUUGACUUUCUACUUGCUAGGGUUGUCCACGGUCAUCGGUGCUCCGCUGAGCGAGGUGUUUGGUAGAAAACCAAUCUACGUCGUCUCUUUACCAGUCUCGUGUCUCUUCAUUAUGGGUGUGGGGCUGAGUGGAGGCCACAUGAGAGUGAUUUUACCGUUGAGGUUUUUCGCAGGUGCGUUUGCGUCACCAGCUCUGUCGAUUGCGUCUGGUACAAUCAUGGAUAUCUUUGACCUCGAUGAGGUCUCUGUAGCAAUGACGUUUUUCUGUUUGGCUCCCUUCAUGGGUCCAGUGCUAUCCCCCAUCAUGGCCGGAUUUGCAGCAGAGUACAGAAGUUGGAGGUACACUCAAUGGAUUCAACUGUUUGCCUCAGGGAUGGUGUUCCCCUUCAUCUUACUGAUGCCAGAGACUCACAAAGGUGUUAUCCUGAGGAAAAGAGCGGUGAAGAGGAAGAUGAACUUGAAAGUUAUGACAAAGGAGGAUAAAAUCGCAUUCUUAAAGCUGACUAUGACCAUUACAGUGUUCCGCCCCUUGAAAAUGCUCGUCGUGGAACCAACAGUUCUCGUUUUCUCCGUUUACAUCGCGUUCAUCUUCGCCGUUUUAUUCGCAUUCUUUGAAGCGUACCCUGUUAUCUACCGUGGUGUCUACAGAAUGGAUUACGGUAUCUCAGGGUUACCAUUCCUGGGUAUUGGUCUUGGUCUGUGGAUGGGGUCCCUCUUUUACAUCAUCAUAGAUCGGAAAUUUUUUUUCCCAAAGGCCCCAGAGGGAACUCCAAACUUGGAAAACCCUACCUCACUGCGUGUCGCUCCCUUCAGGGGCCACAGAGACCCUGUCACCAACGAACUGUUGCCCCUCAAACCGGAAAGAUUUUUGUUAGUUUGCAAAGUCGGGUCUGUAUCUUUGCCGAUUGCUCUAUUCUGGCAAGCGUGGACCGCGAGACCUGAUGUUCACUGGAUGGCACCAAUCGCCGCUGGUGUCCCCUUCGGUUUCGGAUUGAUUCUCAUCUUCUUCAGCGUCAUCAUGUACUUCUCCACAUGUUACCCACCACUGAUUGUCGCAUCAACACUAGCAGCCAACAACUUGCUAAGAUACGUCACAAGUAGUGUUUUCCCACUGUUCACAAUUCAGAUGUAUGAAAGGAUGAAGAUCAAGUGGGCAAGCACUCUCUUCGCAUUGAUUUGCGUGGUAAUGCUCCCCAUCCCUUGGAUCUUUGAAAGGUGGGGGAAGUCCAUGAGACAAAAAUCGCAGUUCGGGUACGCGGCUAUGAUGGCAGCACAGAGAGAGAUGGAAAGAGAGGCUCACGCAGGGGAGGACGGGAAGAACACCAAGGACGAGGACGAGGAUGAGGACAACGGCGAGGACGAUGAGGACUUGAACCUUACCAAAAUCGAUACUCUGCGUACUGUGGAGCAGGCCAUGUCUCACGACAGGGACCCAGACGCCGGUAGCUCGUACAGAAUCCACCACCAGACAUCGCGAACACCGCGCCACUCAUUCCACUCUACUUUAUCACACCAGUCUGAAAACAAGAAACACACGAACCAUCAGGAAACGGACUAUAAUGCGCUCUUUCCCAACACCAGUAACAGUGUAUCAGCUUCAAGUGAUACUGUUUCACAUGCAUCUAAGAUGGUUUAG